AAGCUUUGAUCAUCAACAAAAAUGCUAAUGCUCUCUCAAACAUUGCCUUCACUGCUCAAACCACCUCCACCUCUUCAAUGGCGAAAUCAAACCUUCGAUUUCUUCUCUUCAUCUUCCUCUGUUUUUACCAUGGAAACUCAUCGCCGUUUGGUUCAGACGACGACCAGUCCUGGCUGACUGAAGAAGACGACGAAGUUCACAUUGUUCAGAGCGGCGGCGAUUCACAGAGUCGGUGCGAUUUUUCCGACGGAAAAUGGAUUUUCGAUCAAUCUUAUCCCUUGUACGACUCCUCUUGUCCGUAUCUUAGCUCGGCCGUCACUUGUCAGAGGAAUGGCCGGCCGGAUUCUGAUUACGAGAAGUGGAGAUGGAAGCCACACAGUUGCUCCAUUCGCAGGUUUGAUGCUUUGAAUUUUCUCGGGAAAAUGAGAAGGAAAAGGAUAAUGUUAGUGGGGGAUUCUAUAAUGAGAAAUCAAUGGGAAUCUCUGGUUUGCUUAGUGCAAGGAGUUGUACCAACGGGUAGAAAAAGGGUGACCUAUAAUGGUCCUUCCAUGGCUUUCCAUGCUAUGGAUUUUGAGACUUCAAUUGAGUUUUCAUGGGCUCCACUUCUGGUUGAGCUGAACAAAGGAGCUGAAAACAAGAGAGUUUUGUAUUUGGAUAAGAUUGAAGAGAAUGCCAAGUAUUGGACAGGAGUUGAUAUUCUCGUGUUUGAUUCAGCUCACUGGUGGACUCACUCUCAACAAUGGAGCUCAUGGGAUUACUAUAUGGAGGGCAAGACUAUGUACAAAUACAUGAAUCCAAUGGUUGCAUAUGAGAAGGGACUUACCACAUGGGCCAAAUGGGUAGAUCUGAACUUGAAUCCCAAAAAAACCCGAGUAAUUUUUCGAAGCAUGUCUCCCAGGCAUAACAGAGACAAUGGUUGGAAAUGCUAUAACCAAAGGCAGCCGUUAGCCUACUUCAGCCAUCAGCACGUUCCGGGGCAGCUGCUCGUGCUUCAGGAAGUAUUGAGAAGGAUGAGAUUCCCAGUAUACCUUCAAGAUAUCACAUCAAUGUCUGCCCUUCGAAGAGAUGGCCACCCGUCCGUGUACCGUAACAGUUUGAAUCAAGAAGGGCAGCAACACCAGGGAAGUUUAUCCUCUGAUUGUAGCCAUUGGUGCCUCCCUGGUGUGCCUGACAUUUGGAAUGAGAUGUUAAGUGCCUUGCUCUAAGUUGAAAUAUUGCUGGAAUAGUUGAAUAUGAAGUGAUUAGAGUCACCCUUCUGCCAGCAUAGGUUUGUUUAUCCCUUGAUCACUUCUCAUGUUUCUAUAGUUGUUAGCUACUGCUUAUGUGUCCAGUGUUGUAUUGCAAAACCGUAUCCUGAGGCGGGUGAUAUAUGUUAUCAUCUAGCUAUGAAAUGACAUUUGUAUAAACUUCCAUCUCUGGAUAGGGUAUCUUGAAAAAGAGCCGUGUUUUUUAAAGUUCAAGGUACAAUAAAGCGCAAUAGUCUCUUGGGACUUAAGCGCAAGGCGCAAAG